AUGGCACCUAUACCUAAUGGAGAGACUGCCAUUCACGUGGUUGAACCUAAGACAAAAGGUGAAAAGUCAAAGAAACAACAUAGCCAAGUUGUUAUCAUUGGUUCGGGACCUGCUGGACAUACUGCUGCUAUUUACUUGGCGAGAGCUAACCUUGAACCCGUCUUGUAUGAGGGUAUGCUUGCUAAUGGUUUCGCACCUGGUGGUCAACUUACUACUACCACUGAGGUUGAGAACUUCCCUGGUUUCCCUGAUGGUGUAACCGGUACAGAGAUGAUGGACAAAUUCAGAGCUCAGAGCGAACGAUUUGGUACCAAGAUCAUCACUGAGACUAUCGCCCGAGUCGACCUCACCCAACGACCAUUCAAGUACUGGACUGAAGGUGAAGAGGAGGAAGCUGAUUUCAUGACUGCUGAUACCCUCAUCAUCGCUACCGGAGCCUCAGCCAAGAGACUCUUCCUCCCCGGAGAAGAGACCUACUGGCAAUCCGGUAUCUCAGCUUGUGCCGUCUGUGAUGGUGCUGUUCCCAUCUUCAGGAACAAGCCUUUGGCCGUUAUCGGUGGUGGUGAUUCCGCUGCUGAGGAAGCUACCUACCUCACUAAAUACGGUUCUCACGUUUACGUACUUGUCCGAAGGGAUGAGCUUAGGGCUUCCAAGAUCAUGGCUAAGAGGCUGGUUUCACACCCUAAGGUCACUGUUCUCUGGAACACCGUAGCAACUGAAUGUAAAGGAGAUGGAGACCUUCUCCAAUCACUUACCAUCAAAGAUACCAAGACCGGUGAAGAGAAAGACCUCAAAGUGAACGGUUUGUUCUACGCUAUAGGACAUGAACCUGCUACUUCAUUGGUUAAAUCACAAUUAGAAACUGAUGUAGAUGGAUAUAUCAAGACUGUUCCUGGAACCGCUCAAACUUCAAUUAAGGGUGUGUUCGCCGCUGGUGAUGUCCAAGAUAAGAAAUACAGACAGGCGAUCACAUCUGCUGGAUCUGGAUGUAUGGCCGCCUUGGAGGCUGAACGAUUGAUCUCAGAGGAAGAAGCCGAAGAUGAUGAGAUCAAGACCGAGGACGUACAUGUCCCUUCGGAAGGUUACAUGGGAGCUGAUAAGGAGUAA